UCUUCUUCCAGAUGGCUCCCGUCCCCUCCAGUCAGCAAAGCGGUCUUUCCGCGCGUUUCUGGCGGCAUUCCAGGCGCCGCUGCUCCCAGGGUCCCGGCUCCAGAGGCUCCGCACGCCCGAGGCCGCCCCAGACACAUCGCGCUGUCAUUCCUCAAGAGACGGACAGUCGAGAAAUGUCGCGCGGCCUUAUGGCGUUCAAGGUCAGCAAGAUGGCGGACGGGGACUAAAGAGGUCCGGAGACAUGCCGGUUUGUUUACAAGGGGUUUGCCACUAGCUGGUGCUCGAGUUUGUGUGCCUUACGGGCAUUUGGCACGGGAGUUUGGCAACGCGAGAUCACAAUAAUACAGGAUACAGCUGGAGAAAGGCUUCCGAGGCUGGAAGUCGGUCAGAGGGGUCGCCGCACGCUACAAAGACAGACGCUUCAUCAUCAACCAGGGCGCCAUGUUCCUCCCCCUAAAGCUCUGAACCCAGCGAAAAGGGGAAGGAAUUUCUGCGGUAGUAAUGCGCCGGGAUUCUGGCGACGACAGAUCUCUCGGCACGGGCCGUCCGCGGGGAAAUUUAGCCGCGGCUGCCAAAUUAUUUCCCCGCAUCAGAUGAGCUUCAGAUGGUGCACAUUUAUCACUCCAGCUCCGAGCGGCUGUCCUGUGCAGACGCGGCGUGACUGAGCGCUCGGGAGGCGGUUGGCAGUUUUUGGCACCCCCUAAAAAACUGCCUGUAAACCCGGGCAGUAUUUAACCCUGUAGGGUCGGUCUUAUAUUGCUGGUGUUGACAGGCAGUAUUUGCUGAUGAGAAUUUGAUCGCGGGGUGCCAAAUUUUACCAUAUCCGGUUCCUGGGUACGAGGAAACGCCGUUGCCCAAAUUCUGUGUGGUGUCCCACGGUUUGAGAAUUUCCCAGUCGCCAAGCAGCUAAAGUUUUGUCUUUCUCGCCAGCGCAGACGACACAAUGCAAGCGCCAGAGACCGCGAGGAGUGCAUAGUCACGGCCAGAGCCACCAGAAAGAGGAACCGGUAAAAGUUUCCCAGAGAUCGGUGGCGCGAGGAGGCUUUUCUACGAGCGGGCCAGUCAUGGGUCAGCGCGCGGUGAAACAACACGUGGAGGAAGGGUUGAAGCUGUACGACGCUCACAACAUCGACGCCGCCAUCACCAAAUGGACCAAAACUCUCCCCAAAAUCACAGAACCCCGCUUGAAAUUCCGAACGCUGGGCUACCUCGCGUCAGCCUGGGACGAGGUGGGAAAAUACAGGGAGAUGCUGAAGGCUUCGAUACAGCAAAUAGACGUGGCGAAUUCUAUGGACGCAGACGAGUUACGAGAAGAGGCAUAUCUGAACAUAGCACGUAGCAACGAAAGGCUAUGCGAGUACGAAAAGGCCAUAGCCUACUGCAAACAUAGUCUCAACAACGCCUUUGUGGGUAGGAGAAGGAAACACACAUUUGGACGGUUUUACCAUUGUAUGGGGAAUGCCCACUUGGGGCUGAGCGAGUUUUGCACCGCGUUGGAACACUUCGAAAACGCGCUGUCCUACUCACAGACCUACGAUGACAGAGUUUUAGAGUGCCGGACUUUCCUGAGUGUUGGCGGACUGUUCUACCAGUUGAGAGACUACGAGAGGAGUCAGUACUUUUACGGAAAGGCGCGAGAGAUUUUAGGGGAUUAUGGGGCAAGAUGGAGCUGGAAAAUGGAGACUGUGUGCAGCCUGAACAUAGCCAUGGCGCAGAGGAAGAUGGGACGACUAACUGAAGCUAUGGAGUCAUGUGAGGAUGCCAUGAAGAUAGCCCUUCACCAAGGCGACCGGCCGUCUCAGGCAGAGUGUCUCAGGUGUUUUGCGGACAUUCACAGAAACAGGGGCGACAUCGAGCGAGCCUAUCCCAGAUAUGAAGCCUCCCUGAACAUCAUGGUAGAGACUGGGGACCGUUAUGGACAAGUGCAAGUGCUGUCGGGAAUGGCCAAAGUACUGGUCAUGAACAAGCAGUUUGAAAAGGGGAUGGAGAUGAACAAGAAAGCUUUGGAACUCGCUCUGGCCAUAGGUAACAAGCUCUCCCUCCUCAGGGCCCACUUCCGGCUGGAGAUGCUGUACCGGUCGCUAGGGGACUUCCAGCAGAUGCGGGAACACGUGGUCAAGUACACACAGGCCCUGGAGGCGAUGGAGCUGUACUGUGGAGCCUGCGGAGACACGUACGGAGAGAAACCGGACAGGAUAGAGGCUCUACCCUGCUCACACAUUUUCCAUUCCAGAUGCGUGGAAACAACACUCCAAAAGACUACUGGCUGCCCAGACUGUCGCCGUGUCAUGCUGAGGCCUGUGUACGUCUGAGAGGCAAAAGGACGUCCAGUCAUUCUUUGAACAUAGACUGGUAUCCAAACGAAUGGUGCUAUACUGUAUCAUAUCGCUAGGGGCGCUCGUGAGUGGUCUUCGACUGACGCAUAGAAAAGAAAGAUACAUUUCGGCAAAAAAAACCUAUUUUAUAGGUUUGUACUAUAUGUCGAAGGUCGAGAUCACUUCAGUAUAAAGGCGCCGCCUAGCGAUGUUUACUAUAAAUGUAUUACAACGACCAAAUAUGACGACGUGGAAGUUUAUUUAUUGUUUUCUUAUUGAUGACUGUACUGGCUGGUAUGAGGA